AUGGACAAAGCAAGGGCUGUAGCUACACCAUGCCCGACCAAUUCGGAUCCUCCUUCUCUUCAUCGGGGUGCCCUUUUUCAUGAUCCUACACCGUAUCGUAGCAAGGUGGGUGCACUACAAUAUGUCACCAUUACCCGACCAGACCUUGUUUACGAUGUGACUAUUGCUUGUCAAUUCAUGCAUGUCCCUACAGAAACCCAUUGGCCAUAUGUCAAACGGAUUUUACGCUUCAUCUCUAGCACUCUGAGUCACGGCAUCCUCUUCACUAAAGGAUCUCAAGGUUUCCUUCAUGCUUUUUCCGAUGCAGGAUGUGCUGGUGACCAUGAUACUAGACGCUCCGUAGGUGGUUAUGCUAUUUUUCUUGGUUCUAAUCUAAUCUCAUGGAGUUCUCGCAAGCAAAGAACAGUUGCUCGUUCAAGUAUCGAGGCGGAAUUCAAAUGUCUUGCUGACACCACUACUGAGAUCAUAUGGAUUCAAGCUUUGCUUUCUGAUUUAAGGAUCACAUUCCAAAAGUCACCGGUAUUGUGGUGUGAUAAUAUUUCAGCUAUCUACCUUAGUGAUAAUCCUGUUUUUCAUGCUCGGACGAAAUACAUGGAGAUUGACUAUCAUUUGUUCGUGAGCGAAUUGAUCAGCGCCAAUUACAUGUUCAAUAUAUCUCUUCGACGGACCAACCGGAGGACAUGUUCACCAAAGCCCUUUCACGGUCUCGGUUCCGCCUCCUUCAGGACAAGCUUACUGUGA